AACGCUCCUCUCCCCAAGCAUGACACACUUACUGGGCUGCAGAGUCGAGCCACGGGACAGAGACACGGAGAGGCAGCCGUGAGGACACAGUUACGCGAAGAAGGACGAAGUGGAAGAUGAGGAUGCAGGAGGGAAAAGCAGAUGAACGCUAUUGAUGAUUUUGAUGGUUACGCUAUCGACAGAGGGAUAUUCCUAGAGCAAGGAGAAGAAUAAAGCUCUGCGGGUUGGAGGAUUAUGACAGUGAUGUUGAUGAUGAUGAUGAUGAUGAUGAUGAUGAUGAUGAUGCUGUGAGGACAGGACCGCUUGGAGGACGGGACUCGGACGAUCGGAGCGCGUGUCUCUUCAGUGUUGAUCGUCGUGCGGGUAAAUCUCGGGUAUCACCGAGAGUUUAACGAAGCGCUAUUCUGAGGAGGUGGGCCAAGUCCCGAGAGAGAGAGAGAGAGAGAGAGAGGGAGAGAGAGAGAGAGAGAGAGAGAGAGAUAGAGAGAGAGCGCGAGAGAGAGAGAGAGCUUCGGACUGGGUGAUCCGGCUAGGAUAUUGUUGCUGUUGCUGACAGAGAUGUGAAGAGACAUUAAGGAGCAGAUGAAUUGACUCCUGCGUGCUCGUGGACAUAUAUUUCUACAUUUCUGCAGUAAUUCCUCCAGCAGCUGUGAGGUCACGACAAGUUGAAGUUGGCUUCCUGCCUGUUGAGAUGUGCCAAUAGGAAGCACUUUGAACAGGGGUUCAUGCUGAUGAAAUUGAUCUGCUCAGUCAGCUCCAACCAGAGCCAUGGGGAGUACCCAGACUGCCGGAGUGAGAGGGAGUCAGGAGGGGAGGCAUCUCUCCUGGUGUCUCCGCUGGUGGUGGCGGGGAUCGUUAUAGGUCUGGUCCUCUUCCUCUCCUGCAUCACCAUCAUCGUCGGCAGCCUGCGAAAAGACAGUAGACUCCGCAACCCACACCUCCGAGCCAGCUACGGUCUGGAUGGUUUUUCUUAUGGUGGCUCAGUAGGAGAACUGAGAUCUACCUGCUUAGAAGAUUUCCCACCUGGUUUGGACUUUGAUUCAUUCAGAGAGACGCUUUCACAGGUCAACAACCUGUACCCCGACUCUCCUCCACGUUACGAUGAGUGUGUUGGCCCAGGUUCAACCCCGAUCUACAUACCUACAGAUGACCCACCCCCUUACUCCCUAUUGGACCCUUGUCAGAGAGGGCCAGAGCAGGAAGAGCAGCCUAACUUCAACAGUCUGGAUCCUUCUCCGUUCUAUGGUGAGACCUCAGCCAGCGCCGCCUGGUUCUCCCCCUCCCACUACCCGCCAGGAUUCCCUCAGGAGGAGCAUCAAGGCAUCGCAUCCAUCUCAUUCCCUCUGGAAGCAGCGCCGCCUUAUGAGUCGGUGCUGGCUGAGCAAGGACAACCCCUCCCUCUCAUGCCAUGUGACCUUUAUAAACACCAAUCAGAGGGCGGGGAUGAAGGCAACUCCCAGCAACCAGGGACAAACCAGAUCUUGUAGGACUGUUAAUUUGUUUCUUUCGCCUGCGCCAUUGGAUUUCCCCAGUUGAAUUAAAGAAUCACUUGUGAUGUGGGACACAAAAUGGCUGUUAGGAGCAGCUGUGACAUUAAAACAACGGACAAUUAAUAAGAUGAAAGCAUCUUAUCCAUACAGUUUCUAACAUCUCAGUGGAUUUUAAAGCAGCCAGGACUCCAGUUUUCAACUAUUUACCCACAGUCGUUUUCCUUGACAGAAACAUAAAAUA